UACAUUUCACCCGGAUUUUAGCGCUAUUCCUCCUCUGGAUCUGCAUCAUCUCCGGUCAGGCUGAAGACUGGACUCGUCUCCACACAGAGGACGCUCUCUUCAGGAGUCUGUUUGGACGAUACAGCAAGUGGACGCGUCCGGCACGGAACAUCUCAGACGUGGUCAUCGUGAAGUUCGGCCUCUCCAUCGCACAGCUGAUCGACGUGGAUGAGAAAAAUCAGAUGAUGACGACCAACGUGUGGCUGAAACAGGAAUGGACUGACUAUAAGCUGCAGUGGAAUCCGUCUGACUUCGACAACGUGACGUCCAUCAGAGUCCCUUCUGAGCUCAUCUGGGUGCCAGAUAUUGUGCUGUACAACAAUGCAGAUGGAGAGUUUGCAGUCACCCACAUGACGAAGGCCCAUCUCUUUCACACCGGUCUGGUCCGCUGGGUGCCCCCGGCCAUCUACAAGUCCUCCUGCUCCAUCGAUGUCACCUUCUUCCCCUUCGACCAGCAGAGCUGCAAGAUGAAGUUCGGCUCCUGGACCUACGACCGCGCAAAGAUCGACCUGGAGCCCUUCGAGAACACCGUGGAUCUGAAGGAUUACUGGGAGAGCGGAGAGUGGGCGAUAGUCAACGCCGUGGGUACCUACAACACCAAGAAAUACGACUGCUGCCACGAGAUCUACCCCGACAUCACGUACUACUUCAUCAUCCGCCGCCUGCCGCUCUUCUACACUGUCAACCUCAUCAUCCCCUGCCUGCUGAUCUCCUGCCUCACGGUGCUAGUCUUCUACCUGCCGUCCGACUGCGGCGAGAAGAUCACGCUGUGCAUCUCUGUGCUGCUGUCGCUCACCGUCUUCCUGCUGCUCAUCACCGAGAUCAUCCCCUCCACCUCGCUGGUCAUCCCGCUCAUCGGCGAGUACCUGCUCUUCACCAUGAUCUUCGUCACGCUGUCCAUCGUCAUCACCGUGUUCGUGCUCAACGUGCAACACCGCUCCUCGGCCACGCACACCAUGCCGCGCUGGGUGAAGAGGCUCUUCCUGUCGGCAGUGCCUCGCUGGUUGUGCAUGAAGCGACCACCAAGGCCUGCCAGGCGGCGUCACCUGAUGACAGGCCCUGCCCACUGCGUAUCCACCUUGGAGUCUGACAUUGAUAUCCAUGGUUACCAGAAUGUUGGCAGCGGUUGCCACGGCGGCCAGCAGCUCCACUCUUUGGAUACGGGAGAGGAGAUUCACUUCUGCGACCUCCACGUGGAUAAUUUGCAGAUUUCUCCCCCAUCUCUGGGUUACCUCCUCCUCCCACGGAGACACCCCUCCCUCAGAGGGGACUGGGACACCCCUCCUGUGGGUGAUGGUUCGACCCCGGCUGCCUCUCUCCUGACUCCUGCGGUGGUGUCGGCCCUGGGGGGGGUUAUCUACAUCGCGGAGCAUCUCAGAGCCGAGGACGCAGACUUCUCUGUGAAGGAGGAAUGGAAGUACGUUGCCAUGGUGGUGGACCGGAUCUUCCUCUGGAUGUUCAUUAUGGUCUGUCUGCUGGGGACCGUCGGGCUCUUCCUGCCUCCCUGGCUCUCUGGGAUGUUUUAAUUCAAACACAAAAAUAAUUAACUAUUCUUACAAGGUGGCGUACGAGUGGCAUGUCUGUACGAAAAGAAAAAAAGGGUCCU